AUGCCAGUGUGGUGCCAACUGUGUGACAUCUAUUUUGAGGAGUCGCUGGAACUGGAAGUUCACUACCUAUCACUUAGCCACCACAUCAAACUCGAAACUACUAAUCCAGUUAUCCAUUGUUGUCCUGCUUGUGCUGUUUCGUGUUCCACACUCAGUGAAUAUUCGAAGCACAUUGAUACUGAGGAGCAUCGAAAGAAGCGUGAUCGUAUGAGAGCGAUCAUCGAUACAAUGGACGCCGGCGACGAUCGCAGACGUUGUAACGCUGUGCCUGAUAGAAUACAGCAACCCGCUCUCACUCCUAACUACAUGCAACCUUCAUCGUCAUUUGUUCGCAAUGGAAACAAAAGGCGAACUUAUCCGGCUCCCAAUAUCAAUGAUGGGCAACAACCACGUUUCGGUAGAGCCCUCGCUCGUCAUCCUUCUCAGUUGCAAGGACAGGACUCUUUUGCAACACGCUGCUCCUCUCAACAGGGCCCUAAUUCCGUACGUCCGAUAGACUCUGAAUGUCAUGAUUCCGCGUGGAGAAACACGCACUACUCCAAUCCUCCUCGACCGUAUGUCCCUUCUUUGCCAGAAGAAACUUCGUCUCAUUCUGAAAGCUGCACCAAUAAAAAUGUAGCAAGUGGAGUGAAUUACGAAGACUCAAGGGUGCAUUUUUCUACUGAUGUACGAAGAUUCGAUGGAUACGGAAGAGAGAAGGGGGAUAAUCCUCAAUUGUUAACAGGAUCGGAUGCCCAACAAGACUUCAAUUCUGUGAAACAUUCAUCGCCUCCCAAGCGAGGAAUCCUUGCAAGGCUGUCGCUUCGAAGAAAAGAUAAGGCCUCCAAAGGAAAUGUCGGCGAUAAAACGGAAAAGCCUGAAAGAGGAGACAGAAAAGGAAAGAAGAAGAAAUCUUUGACUCGUUCUCCACCCUCUUUAGUUUCACUAAAAACACAAGCUACGAACGACAUGGGUGAGAGUAGUCGAAAUCGCAUUCGGACUGCUUUUGUAAACGUCGCUAUGAAAGACAAGACAAAGAAAUGGGAACUUGUAGCUGUUAAAGGAAAAGCUUCUUAUCUGAAGAAUCGAAGUCAACGUAUGCUGAAAGAUCGAAUGAGCAAGUACCGCCUCGUCGACAGUAAAGGUGUUGUGGUGCAAGAAAUGACUGGAGAAGAACAAAAUACUUCGCAUUUUCGUCGAGUACCUACUGGUGGUAGAAACGGAUCAAAUUUGCCUCAUCUUUCUUCCCACAUUUGGGGUACUGGACCCGAGGCUUUGCCACGUUCUCAACAACGUGAUACUCAUUUUAAGACGCCCGGAACAUCUUCUGCGCUCUCUGGAUCAGCACCACCUCCUCCUCAGUCCCCAUCUUCUCUUCUCUGCCGAGACGAUUCUAAUAGUGGAUAUGCAAUAAUGCAUGAUUUUCCGAUGAGCACUCCGAAAAAUUACAGCAUUGCGGCGCGAGCCUACGAAAACUGUCAAGGAUCUCCUGUGCCUGAUAUUACGAGUAACAGAAAUGGAAAAAGGGCUCCUGAUGCUCCAUUCAUUUCUUCAAGCAAUACUGCCACUGUAUCAGAAGCUGAUUUCGACUUAUCCAACUCCUUUUCCGUCAACUCGUCGUUAGUUCUUGACUGCCGUUCCCUUACCAGCCGUAUGAAUCUGAUAUCGACUGCGAAUGUAACUAGAUGCUCAGAAGCGAUAACGGUGAAGGACGAACCUGGAGAAUGUCCUCCACCCGAAGCAUUGCCAAGCCCUCCUCAGUUUGAUCAAACGGUGUCGCUCCAAGGUUACUCUGGAGAAGCGAAGAUUGGCGGAGAAAAGGAACGUGAAGAGUUUUGGGAACUUGGCGGAAUUAUUCGAAGCCACCGCAUAUUUGCAAAAGCUGGAAGUAGAGAUGAACGACAUUCUUCAUAUGCUCUGGAAGUAACGACGAAGUUCAACAGUUGUAGUUAUUCUGUGCUCGUUUACUUUUGUCAUAUGUUUGUUUGGAUGGUAAUGAACAAUUUCGAUCUUAGCGGUGGCGCGAAUCGCGUCGAUCGCUCCAACAGUGAAUCCCAGUCAAUUCUUUUCUAUGAAAAGUUGAGUUGGAUUUGUUUGCAUAAUGGAGUCAUCUAG